CAACAUCUACAUUUCACUUUUUGCGACUUACUAUAUAAGAAUGUCUUAACAUACUAGGCCUUUUAUCACUCAUGUUAGAUAUCGUCAAUCGUCAGUCAUUUAUCUCAUCAAGUUAUCUUGUAUCAUUCAUCUCAUUAACUUAUCCUGUAUCUUCAUGAUGAAGGUUGUGAACUCACCUCUCAAACUUGUUGGUUUGAGCCAAGGAGCUGCAAGUGGCGUCCAGGCCAUAGUCAAUCUAGAGUUUCGAAAGGAGCAUCGUGCUCUAUUGAAGUUAUUUGAGGAUUUGAAGACUAGAACCGAUAAGAUAUCUGCCGAAGCAGAGCGUAGAUUGACGGAGUACCAGAAGCAAUUGGAAGAAAGCGAAACUCGAUUCGAAAAACUUGAAAAUGAGUCCAAAGAAUUGAUGCAGAAGAUUAGGCGGAGGGAGGAUGAAUUAAAGGAUUUGAAAGACAGGAUGAUGAAGUUUACUGAAUUCAUGGAAGCAGGUUUGUGGAGAUGGUUGUGGAAGUCUACAUUAUUCUAACCAAAGAAAGGUAUUUGCGCUACAUAUGCCUCUUCCCCUCAGGGUCGUCUCCACGAUACAGAUGCACAGCAGACUCAGUUAUCACCUGUCACUGCCUCGCCCGCUCAUGAUCUGGAUGUCGCAGAAGCACAACAUCCUGAAUCACUAUCUACCAUAGCAUCUCUUCAGACAGGUUCAGAUGCGCCAGGAGUCACACAGAUUCCGUCGGCGUCUACUACCGAGCAGCUUGAACCGGUUGCACAGCCUGAUUUACCCUCUCCGCCAGUAGACAAGACAGCACUUGAGGAACACAGUCAAUGUUCCGGGAAUAGACGCGAAUCAAGAGAAUUAAUGCCAUCACUGGCGCAUAGUGGUCAGACGAUUCUCCCCGCUCUACCAUUACAAGUGACGGCUUCACCAGCGAAUGAGAGAACUCCAGUGGCUCUAGAUAUGCCAUUACGAAAAGCUGGCUCGCGUAAAGUUUGGCACAACAUAUCGCAAGCGCCGGAUCAAAACGUCGAGACCUAUUUAGCUCAUGCAGAAAAAUAUAUCGGGGCUAUCAAACAACGAGCGGAUCAUUUCCAGUUCAUCGCAAGAUUCAUCAAAGGACUGCUGAAUGAGAAGGAUCGCGCGGCCGUGAUCAAGCACUUGCAGAAGAAGUUCCAAUCUCGAAUCACCGAGGACGGACUUGUUGAGGUCAAGUGUGGCUUUCUUAAUUUGAAGGAUGGAUUAUUGGCCGCUGGCUUGAUCGAAACCAUGGGUGGAAAAAGAAAUUGUGAUGACAGCGGGAUGAAACCGGAGGUGAGUACACUACGUCAAAAGAGGAGGAAGACUCAAUCGUCCGAGGAAAAUGACGAUGAAUUGUAAGAUCCUUAUUCAGUUGCUAGCCUAGCUUUUAAAGGGAACUUGAUGGCUAGAAUGGUGCUUUAUCAAAGUCAGGCAUUGUCAAUCACUGUCAGAAGUGCCAUAUAGGUAUGUCAUCUCAAGACAAGGUUGAUCCUAAAUUCGACUUGUUGCUAAUACAACGAUAGGAUUACAAACAUUACUCGGACAUAAUAGCUUAUGUAGCUCACUUCAGAGGAUUAAUGAUUACUUGCAUGAA